CCUUCUUCAAAGGUCUGUUUAGGCAACAGCAACAAAUUGCAAGAGAACAAAAACAAGGGUGUCGACCAUGUUUCUCAUCAAACACCUAAAUCUACAGUUCAGAUUAACCACCUCAGUCCUACUUCUGGAAGAAGACCUUCUGCAAUGUUACCUUCCACAAAGUCUAAAGCUGAAUGUUCUCUAGUCCAUCACACUGAUUUGGAUGAAGGUCCUGUAAAUUCCAAAAAACAUCCCUCCACCUCUGGCAAACAUUUUGCCAAGCUAGAAAUGUCAGAGAACCAAACUCAUUUACAACAGCAGUUAUCACAAUUAGAAAAUCAUUCCAGACAAGUAUUUUGUGAUUCCUAUCCUCCUACCACUUUGAGCUGUGUCCCAUAUUCAGUUGCAGAGAAUAAGUCUCUGCAAGGCAUGUCCAGUCCAAGUAAAGGACCUGUCUAUCUUCAUCAGGCAUUUCUUGGUGGCAGUCACUUCUAUCCACCACAUGUAUCACCAGACCACGGCUUUAAACAUGCUAUAGCUCCCUGUCCAAAAUCCCAGGAAUUAAACUCAAACCCUACGUCAAUCUACCCAGACCUUAACACCAAAGACAGGAACCAGGAAAAGCUGGAAGAUGAAGUCGGCUCCAGGAAGGAAUCCCUAAAGACUUCUAGGAAAUGUGUCAGUGGCCCAAGAGAUGAAACAGUCUGUACUGACAUGGUGGGAGAUGAGACUGAAGAAUUAUUUCUUGACAAAACUGGAGAAAUAUUGCCAAAUCCACCAAAAAUUCCUCCUCCAAGUCAGUCUGAACAGAAGCAAGGAUCAGGACUCCUGACUUCUCAAGUUAAAUCUCCUUAUCACAACUCUGCCUUAUACUCUCCGUUUACAGAUAAAAUCCCAGAGAAGAUCGAAGGAGAGGAGACUCCACUUAGUUCAGCAUUGGACAUUCCAGAAGAGCAGAACACGGGCUGUGCCCGAACCUGUCUGCAACAGUUUGCUAGAAAACGAAAAGCUGAAUCCUGUAUUGAGUCUGUGGUCUUCGAAGGAUUGGAAACACAUAGCAAAAGCAGUAUUUUUGGUGAAAAAAGAGUAAAUAAUGCAUCCCAGUCAAAAGGUUUGGUCAUAAAAAGUGAUGACAAUAAGGAGAGCCCUGCAACUAAUGGACAGCUGCUGCUUCCUGUCAACACGGAAACGUUUUCUGGUUUAAACAAUGUUGUGGAAUCGAUGUCUACAGUCACCAGAUACAAAAGUCCACCGUGUGCUACCACCGUUGGUUCAGAUGAUCCGGUUUACACCAGUAUGGACAUGACAAGUAGAACUUUAAGACCCCAAGUCCCAUCUUCUGACGGUUCUAAACCCAUGGCUUCAUUCAUGAGGGCUCCACUCUGUGUUGGCAUCCUAAAAACAUCUGUCUGUGACACUCGCCAAGAAAACUGUCAACAUUUUCUCAACAGGAAUUUUGUAGAACCUUUUAGCCAAAGUCAGUCUGUGAGGUCUCCAUCUUGUGAAUCAAAAAUUCUCAGUGACCCAACUAAUGUGGCCCAAAACAAUCCUAGACUAACCAACUGUGAAAACCAAAAUGAAAAGACCAGUCCUGGAGUUCCUGUGUGUGAUUUAAGUGAUUCAGUUUGUGCUACAAUGGACGGUGAGACUCACUCUACUAAAAACAACCAGAUAUCUGUCAAAGACAAUCCUAGCGUUACCAUGUGUAAAAACAAUUUUCCACAGAGCCCGAACUGUCAACACUUGGCUCCCAGUGGUCCAGGCCAAGAAGGAUUUAAUGGGAAACCGACAAAUCUAAAAGUAGAGCUAUCAAUUACCACCAAGGAUAAUACAUCAAACAAGAGUGACCACUUAGUUCCUACCUCGUCCAACUCUGGACAUGCAAAAGAAGACAUCUCAUGCUGCAUGGACGAAGCAGAAGAACUUGGCAAUAAUAGGGCGCUCCAGUCUGGCCUUAACAAACACGUGGUCACUGACUCUGGAGAUACGGCUGACAAACUAAAAUCAGUGUCCUCAGAACUAGAAGAAGACUCUAAUCAGCUGAUUGGAGAGCGUAAAGCACUUCCGAAUAAAUUGUUGGAUUUCUCUGAGCUGGAGCUGAAGGAAAGAGAAGGAAAUGGAGGAGGGAUAACAGAAGCAGCAGAGGAGAAGCAGUUGGUAGACAGCCAGAGGGAGGAAGAGGAGGAGGAAAGAGGAGGAGAAGGAGAGCGGGACCACUGCCAACUGAGUGACGAUAAAAGGCACGAAGGAGGAGGAGGAGAACAAAGUACCUCUGCUGCAGAGACUCAGGGAGGUUCCCAACCUACCAACACCAUCAGCUUUCUCCCUGAUCCAGUCGAUCCCUGCCUAACUAAUGGAGAUUUUGUGGGGAUGAACAAGGUGGAAGAAAGUGGAGAAGAAGGAGCUUUGAAGACGGUGGAGGAUGAAAAGAAAAAACAACAGCAUCGUCUCCAGCAGCAGCAGCAGCAGAAGUUUCCUCGCUCCAUUGGAAACCUUUUCAAGGAAAAGUGUGGUGUUACAUUACCGACUUCCAGUCGGUCCAGUCCCUGCCCGACAUCAGUGAACUGUCGAGAAAUCUUCAGUCUGGAACCGUUUCACAAAAGCAGCAUUUUAAAUGGGAGGGGCAAAAGACCCCGGGGGGAAGAGCCAACCAAGGACCGUCCGGAAACUACCUCUGAGAAAAUCAGGGCUGUUAAUGCCUCCACUCCAGGUGACGUGAAGAAGCUGAAGGUCUGCAUUGAACUGAGUGGCCUCCGACUCAGCAGGCCUCUGCUGCCCGAAGACAUCGUCCGGUCGCAACAACCUUCCAGAGAGAGGUUGGCAGAGUCAGCGACAGACAUACUGCCUGUGAGAGGAAGGUCAGAGGUCAGCAGAGGGUUUGGAAUCAGAGACAGACCCAGAGAUUCAAACCCAGCUCCAUCCACAUAUCACAGGAAUCUGCCCCGAUUUCUGGGUAACCCCUACCCCAGGACUCCAGUCUCCACGUCCAUGGUCUCCACACCCUGCCUCCAGGAUCGACACGAAGAGCAGAGGGAUAAUCGAAGUGAUUCAGGCUUCGUCCGUUCACCGCCACUCCUUCCUUCAGUCCCCUCCUCCAGCCAAAUGGAUUUGACCUCCACCACGUACAGCGAAGGUGGCACCAAACCGAGAGGCAAACGACCCUACAAGAUGAAACAUGCAGAAGGAGCUUCAGCCAGAGAGGAGAAGGAAGAAGAGGAGGAGCAAGAUCAGGAAGGAAAUAUAGAAAAGAGACUGUCUCCACCUGAUCCAUCGUUCUUGCCGCGGUCCUGCCCUGUCUCACAUCGACCUGUCCCUCCAGAGGUCAGACGACUCAUUGUGAAUAAAAAUGCAGGAGAGACACUGUUGCAGCGAGCCGCCCGUCUGGGAUAUGAGGAAGUGGUGCUGUACUGUUUAGAGAGUAGAACCUGUGACGUUAACCAUCAGGACAACGCUGGCUACUGUGCCUUGCACGAGGCCUGUGCACGCGGCUGGCUGGACAUCGUAUGCCACCUGAUAGAGCACGGGGCCAAUGUCAACUGCAGCGCUCAGGAUGGAACAAGACCGCUGCAUGACGCAGUGGUAAAUGACCACCUGGAGGUGGUGCGCAUCUUGCUGGCAUUUGGGGCUGACCCCACGCUCACCUCCUACUCCGGCCGAAGCCUGAUCAACAUGACCCACAGUGCUGCCAUGGAAACCUUCCUGGAGGAUUAUCUCUCUGACCUCCAGGGAAGGACAGAGGAAGACCCUGGUGUCUUCUGGGAGUUUUACGGCAGCACUGUGUGUGAACCUCCAAGUCAUGGAGGAGUUUUCAACCUCCUGCACGAUCCACCAGGUCCAGAGCAGGAAGGAGAGGAUGAAGAUGAGUUUGAGGACAAGGAGCAUCGAGCACGAAGGGAGGUGUUUGAGUUUGAGCUGUCGGAUCGACCGCUGCUGCCCUGCUACAACAUCCAAGUGCUGCUGUCACAGGGGUGAGUCAAGAACACACGUCCAAAAACAGACACACAACAUUGGCUUAAAGAACAUCAAGGAGUGAUGAUAGAAAGACCACUGGGUUAAAGAACCAACCAAACACGAACCAGAACCUGAAGCUGCAGUUCUGAUGGAACCAGAGCAUCAAGAGUCAGUGCUACAGAACCCACGGCAGAAAGGACUUCACUUUUAGGAAACAGAUCCUACAGAACACAUGCACUCAUGAUGUAGACAGACACAAAUACAAGUGGGAAAGACAGACAGAGAGAGAGACAGACAGACAGAGACAGAGAGAGACAGACAGACAGAGACA